UUUUAGUACACAGACGACUAUAUCUUGAUACAAAUCGACGACUAAAAAAGAAAUGAGAAAACGAAGAAGAAGAAGAAGAAAUGAGUAGAGACUGAAAAACGCAUGAAGAGAGAAUCUAGUAAAUAGUAAAUAAAAAAAAAUCCUUUUUCUAGUUGAUUUGUUCCGCAUAUGCAAAAUCAACUUAAUUUCAAAUAUAUAAAUCGUUCCAUUUGUCUUCUGCAUUAUUUUCCGAAUAAUGAUAAAAUAACCGCAAUUUAAUAUUAUAAUCAACAAAGUGCUAUUGUUUUCGGUGCAUCGUUCUGCAUAUAUAAAUAUAUCCUUGCAUAUUGUUUGGUCGUCAUGAAUAUCCCGGCAAAUGGAAUUAUUUCGUAUAAAUUCGAUGUGCAAGAACGCUGCCGAAUAUGCCGAGUAAUCAGCACCAAUUUAAAUUCAAUAUUCGAUGACAAUGGUAGUGGUAGUGCUUUUGAUUUUGCUUCCAAAAUAAAUGAAUAUUUACCGAUUACAGUUCGCAAAUCGGAUUAUCUGCCAAAGAAAAUCUGUUCGAUGUGUGCAACAACAUUGCUUGCAUUCCAUCAGCUAUACACAACUUGCCAGAUAAAUAAUUCACGAUUUUUGGAGACGUUAGACGGUGAAGCGUAUGAACAUCAUGUCGUUAAAAACCAAGUGGUCGGCGAUCCAAGUGAAUUGCUGGAAUUGCAAAGUUCAUUUUCACGUGAAAUUGAAAAUGAAAUACUCAACAUGCACGAAUCGAAAGAAAUCAACGAGGCUGAAAGUGAAAUAGCUGCAAAUGCAGCUGUCAAAGAACUUGAACGCAUCGGAUCGGCCGAAAAUAUAAGUUUAGUUGACGAUAUUUUGCAUCCAAUAAAUGAAGACAAAGAGGAGGUUUUGCAUCAAAAAAAGUCGGAUAAAAUAGAUCAAAAUGAAGAUGACUCCGUAGAUGAAUCGCCAAAAUUGAGAAAUGUCGAAGUACAAAGUAGCACCAGAAACAGAUCAAAAAAAGAACCGAUUCCACGAAAACGAAAGAAUGAAGAAAAACCCAAACCCAGUCAAACGAAAGCACGAACGGUCAAGACACCGAAAAAAGUAGUAAAAAAUUCAAAGGCUGAAAUUUUAAAGGAAAACAUUACACGGUCAAAAAGCAGCAAAAUCGAACGAUCUCCGGACGUGGUGAACGAUGAUAAAAAUGUGAAGGAAAAUAGCUUCAGUAAAACUGAAAAACAAAUAUCACCAAAAAUUGCUUGUGAUUACUGUUCGAUGGAGUUUACAACAAAGUCACUGCUUGUUGAUCACAUAAAAGAUGCUCACAAUGAUUUGAUUUUUCACUGUGAAAUGUGCGACGACUAUGUGGCUCGAGUUGAACUUAUAAGCCAUAUGUUGAAUCAUGCCCUCAACUCAAAUAAUAUAAUCAAAGAACAAACCACUGAAGAGGAGGUCAUAAGUAAUGAGAAAAAAUCGCCCGAGAAAGCCGAAGUGGAAAGUGAUGCCAGCAAAAAGCCAUCGGCCAAGAAAAUUGCCACACCAGAAAAACAAAACGAUGCAGCACCAGUGAAUGGAAAUCAGAAGACGGCAAAAGGACGUGCACGAAAUUAUUGCGAAAUAUGUGAUAAAACAUUCGCAGAUUCGGGGGGCUAUCGAUACCAUAUCGAUUCGUUUCACAAAAAGAUCAAAAAAUAUGAAUGCGACAUUUGUGGUAAUCACUUUUCAUGUAAGCGUGUGAUUACGAAUCAUUUGCGUGGCGUACAUAUGAAAGCGCGCAUUUUUGAAUGCGAUGAAUGUAAGAAAAAGUUUUCCACCGACUCGGCAUUGUAUAUGCAUAAGAAGAUCCAUGUCGAUGAAUUCAAAUAUGAGUGUCAGGUGUGCGAUAGAAAGUUUCGUUCGAGGUCCAAAUUAAAGAUUCACAUGACAAUGCACACAAAGGAACAGAAUUACUUUUGUGAAAUAUGUCGGCGAGGCUUUGCAGUGCGAAAUAAUCUCACCAAACACAUGUUGACACACUCCAAAUUGUUCAAUUUUAAAUGCGAUAAAUGCACGUAUGUGGCCAAUCAACGACGAUAUCUGGCCGAACAUAUCAAACGAUCCCAUAAAAAUGAUUAAGCUGCCAUCAUUUUAAAACCUCUUCUUUAAGCCCAGUGAAUGACUUUUAUAAACAAUUUUAUUCUAAUGUAUUUUAUUGUUUUUUUUUUUUUUUUUUUUUUUGUAUAACUGUCGGUGAAGCGAAUGUAAAGAAUUCAAAAAAAAAAUCUCUCUGAUGCCAGAAAUAUUGACUGACGAUAAACAUUUUGCCCGUAAUAUUGUAUUUAUAUUGUAUUUUUAAGAACGAAUAGAGCAUAGCGUCUAAUUUAUAAUCGGAUAGUUUUAAGAAAUAAUUUCAAAAUGACUUAGAAUGCGCCAAAACCAGAGAUCUCCAAUCAACGACUUUAUAAAUAGACUAAGAACAUAUAGCUUCAAAUAUCAUCAUAUUGUUUAUUCAUUCAUAAACGAGUUUUGAGGAGCUCAUCGAUGCAUUUUUGUUCUAUUUAUAACAAGGUACCUACCCCCAUCCAUUCAUUUAGAUGUAAUGAUGUACAUUUUUGUUCAAGUUUUCAAUGAAAUCAAUUUCUUCGUGCGUUUCAUUACAUCUCAUUAAGCUUUAUUUAUAUCACCUCAUUGUAUUCGUGUUGAUUUAAGUGAUUCAGUUGUAAAAGAAUAUGUUGUUAUUAGUUUAAUGCCAUGUAUCAUCUAGAUCGAUUUACAAUAAAUAUUAGCUCAAUACAAAAUCAUCG